AUGUCGCGGGCUGUGGGCUCCCUAACCGCCCAGACGCCUGCGGCACAGCGGCCCCAGCGCCAGUGUGCAGCUGCCCGCCGCCCUGCAGCCGCAACCAGGCAGCCGCGACAGGCGCUGCCGCAGCGGCAGCGGCACGUGUGCUGCCGCGCCAGCGCCACCAGCAGCGAGGCGGCGCAGCUGCUGGACCAGUUUUGGAUGGCGCGGGGAGUGGUGGACGAGCAGCAGCGCAGGCAGCUGGUGGCAGCAGCGGGCAGCCUGCAGGUGGGCGAGAGCGAGGAGCAGUACGAGCAGCUGCAGCUGCCCUCCCUGAGCGCUGCGUGGUUCCUGGAGGAGCAGCAGGGCUCCAGCCCAGAGGUAGCCGCCGUGUCGCGCCGCAUCCUGGCGCUGCAGCAGCUGCUGGGCGGCGGCGGCGAGGGCGGUGUGGAUGUGGUGUGGAUGGUGGUGCGGGAGCCACGCUUGCUCAGCGCCGACUUCAGGAGCAUCAUGCAGCGCAUGUUUGACAUGAAGGUGGCAGAGGGCUCCGAGGGGCUGGACGUGCUGCAGCUGGUGGCGCAGCAGCCGGCGCUGCUGCUGCAGGAGGGGGCGGGGGUCAGCGCGGACGAGACGGCAGCGGAGCGGCUGCAGGCCUGGCAGCACGGCCUGGUCAGCGACAACUCAGCAGAGUGGGCGAGGCGGUACAGCCAGCUGCAGCAGUACGCAGAGAGGUAUGGCGACGCGCAUGUAGGGUACCGCGAUGGAGACGACGCGGAGCUGACGCGCUGGGCCGCCAAGCAGCGCUCCGAGCACCGCAGCGGCCAGCUGCAGGCGGCGAAGCAGGAGCAGCUGCAGGCGGCCGGGUUUGAGUUUGAUGGGGAGACGGCGGAGUGGCUGCGCUGGUUCAACGAAGUGCAGGCCUUCAACGUGCGGCACGGCCACUGCCAGCCCUACCCGCUGGCGCACCCCAACGACUUCCUGCUCAUCAACUGGUGCAGCGUGCAGCGCAUCAUGCGGCGGUGCGGCGUGCUGGCGCCGGAGCGAGCCGAGCGGCUGGAGGCGCUGGGCUUUGACUGGAGCGGCGCCGACCCGCUCUCCUGA